UCAUUCCCAUCGAGUCCUAACCUCCAUCCCGAUGAGCCGCAUCUAUCACGACAGCGCCCUCCGGAACAAGGCGGUGCACAGCAUUCGGCUGCCCGGCUCCUGGGACCCGGCUGCGUACCAGCGGGGAAAUGGUAUCCUCCUGGAAGGAGAACUGGUUGAUGUCUCUCGCCAUAACAUCUCAGAUGCUAAUGGCAAAAAGGAGCGUUACUAUGUGUUGUACAUCAGACCCAGUCGCAUCCAUCGCCGAAAAUUCGACUCCAAGGGGAAUGAGAUAGAGCCCAACUUCAGCAACACCAGGAAGGUGAACACAGGCUUCCUGAUGUCCUCGUAUAAGGUGGAAGCUAAAGGUGACACAGACAGACUCUUGCCCAUGGAACUGAAGGGACUGGUGGAGAAGCCAGAGCUGCUGGUGGUGACAGGAAGCCACACUCCAGACCAGACAUUUGCAUUUUGGAUUCCAGAAGCAGAAAUAGAGAAGAUUGAGUUGGAGCUGGGUGCAGAAGUUCGCCUGAAAACUCAGGGCGAUGGUCCUUUCAUAGGCUCUCUAGCAAAACUCGAGGCUGGAACAGUGACCAAGUGUAAUUUUGCUGGUGAUGGACAAACAGGAGCAUCCUGGACUGACAAUAUCAUGGCCCAGAAAUCCUUAGAAGGAACAGCAUCAGAGAUUCGAGGCCAGGGGGAUGGGGCAGAGGAUGAUGAGUGGCCAGAAGAGAUUCAACAGCAGAUCGUCAGGGAGACUUUCCACCUUGUCCUUAAACGGGAUGACAACAUCUGUAACUUCCUAGAGGGUGGAAGUUUGAUUGGCGGUUCAGACUACAAAUUGAUUUAUCGACACUAUGCCACUUUGUAUUUUGUGUUUUGUGUGGAUUCUUCAGAAAGUGAACUGGGGAUCUUGGAUCUCAUUCAGGUUUUUGUGGAGACAUUGGACAAGUGUUUUGAAAAUGUCUGUGAGUUGGACUUGAUCUUCCAUAUGGAUAAGGUUCAUUACAUCCUGCAGGAGGUGGUGAUGGGUGGUAUGGUGCUAGAAACGAACAUGAAUGAAAUUGUGGCCCAGAUUGAAGCUCAAAACAAAUUGGAGAAAUCAGAGGGUGGCCUUUCAGCAGCCCCAGCCCGGGCUGUGUCUGCAGUGAAGAACAUUAAUCUACCUGAGAUCCCCCGGAACAUCAAUAUUGGGGAUAUCAACAUCAAAGUUCCCAACCUCUCUCAGUUUGUCUGAAGACUGAGGGAGCAUCAGAUGGAUCAAACUGAAUGGAAUCUCUUCAAAAACCCAAGACCAGGCUGAUUGUGGAUCUGAGCAAAAUUUGAGCCUUAGCAGCAUUAAGACCUAAGUCUCAAGACCAUAGUGUCUUUUUGUCUGGACAGACUCAUGGGUGUGGGAUUAGGGAAAAGUUAAUGUCAUUAUAUUACAGUCUCUGUGCAUAUAUCCAACAUGAAGUUCUUCCUUGCCUACAGGCACAGCAUUCACAUAGGGGAUGCAUUUCCUACUUAAGUAAAUCAGCUAGUAGUCUUAGAUCUCCUGCCCCAUUUUUUUCUGCAUGCUGAAUCUCCCCGAGGUGUUGGCUCUUUGAGUUAGCCCCUAUAGAUUCUAGUGGGGCAGAUAACGAGAGGGGUCCUCAAACUUUUUACACAGUGGGCCAGUUCACCGUCCCUCAGACCAUGGAAGGCCAGACUAUAAAAACCUAGCCCUAUCCCUAACUGGGCAGCAGUAUACACAGUGCGGAAUCCCCUCCCCCAGAGCUCGGCUCACCAUGCUGAUGUCUUCCAUUGUGCAACCACAUAAUCCUUUGCACGAGGCCUCAUUCAAAGGCACCACGCAAAGGAUUAUGUCACUGGAAGUAGUACAGUACGGGAGCAACACUGUGUUUUGCGAUGCCGCCACAUUCAGUGCUCCUCUCGCUGACCACCAGUGAAAGAGGCGCCCCUCCCAGACGUGCAGUGAGCCGGAUACAUGGCCUCAGGGGGCCGCAUGUGGCCCGUGGGCUAUAGUUUGGGAACCCCUGAACUAGAGGGUUAUUAUUCUCAGUGCCACAAGAUUCUUGUGGUUAUUGUAUCAUUCUGCAAGGUGCCAUGAAUAAAUCAAAUAUUGGCCCUUCAGGUUCAGGAAAGCUGGCUUUCUAAUGAAGACUUUCCAGCAUCAGAAAAUGAUAGGGGUGGGAGACUAAUUUUCACAGAAGUCUGAGUCGCCUGCUGACUGGACCAGGGUUAUUGGAGCCAAUACUGUCUGACUACACCCCUUUGUAGCAAGUAACACAUUUCUUCCCCCAAGAAAAUAAUUUCUAAUCUGGUGAGAAUCCAAGACCUGUUUUCUUGGGGUUUAUGAAAAGUUCAUAGUAAGAAACGUGACAGUAGCUACACAUUCACUGCAUAACCACAGAUUGACGACGGAUUUACAACCACUUGCCUUCUCAACAGAGGAUAAAUCCAAUAAACUCUCUACCUACGGAAUGGUCCUGGCUGAAGGAAUACUUUUGGGACUGGGGACAUUACUUUGUGGCAACUAAUGUGAGCUAAUAAUUGGAUUAUUUUAGGCUUCUAGUUCUUUUGUGAGAGGUCUUCCCUUGGCUUACCUUACAGUUGGUUUUUUAGUUCUUAGUUCAGGGCUGAAUGUUGCUUCUACCUCUUCUAUAUCGUAAACCAGAUAAAAGACUGGGAUUGGGUAGGAGUAACAGAGGAAUGUGUUUGUUUGAGGUUGGGAAGAGGAGUGGAGAUGUUCAAGGACUGUAGCAAGGAGUGUGUCAGCACAAUUUCAUGAUAUCAGUAAGUGUAAAGAAGCCCUACCUUACUUCCAGAACAAGGUGUGUCCCUUUCAGGUAAGACUCUGCCAUGACUUGCAUAUCUCUUUUUCUCAUGAUAAAUUUAUAGCUAAUUUGUGCACAUUAACAUUAAAAUUCCUAUCUUCCCCACUGCCUUUCCCCUGGACCUGAUCAGAAGCCUCAGAGCAGUUAUUUGAACAGCACACUGUAUUACCUGUAUGGUCAAAUUCCCUUAAUCAUCAUAAUAAACCUUCUCAAUCUAAGUGGAACCUCCGUUUUGAACAAAA